GAGUUGCACGGCCAGCCGCGUUUUUAGUGAGACAAGAAACAGCAAGCUUAAAGGAAAGGGCAAAGAGGGGAAAGGGGAAAGGAGGAUCAUAGGGAGAAGAGAAAGAUGAGGCCGGUUGAGAGGGUGGCAUGGAAGAAGAGAUGAUGGAGGCAGGGAGAGGAGGUUGAUGAUCGAGGAUUCGAGGGAGGUCUUCUCCCUCAUCUUCUCCCACUGCCAUUUGGGGUGACGAUUUUCAUUGCAAAUCUUAUUGUGCUGCAAUUGCGAGUCCCAUUUCUCAGAUGCGAUCCAAUCCCACUCGCCACAAAAACCACGGCGCGAGACGCCGUGGCGAGUGGGAUUGGAUCCAAUCCGGCCACGAGUGGCGAGUGGAGGACCAAAGGUCCAAGAACGAGGAAUUGGAUUAAAGACUAAAGGGCAAAAUAGGGCAGGGAAAAAAUCGUGAGUGGAAGCAGCUACGAUGACGAGAUGACCUGAGACUGAAAUUGAUUGGAUAGAGAAGUUCCUGCACAAGAAAGGGGAGACGGAGGAGAAGGUGGAGAGGAGACAAGUCUACCCUGGAGAGAUCAUGGAUGCAAAUGAAUAUGGUUGCAAUCAAUCAAGAGAGCAAGGAGGAAAAGUACUUUAUCAACAAUCACUUGAGCUUCAGAAUCAUGUUUCACAGAGAUCAUGAGACUGACUCUGCUUAAAUUGUCAGGUUUGAGGUUUCUCUAAACAGGUGUUGUACCGAUUUCCUGACUGCCUUUGUUCAACUUCCUUUACUUUCUCUGUCAUGACCUUUUUUUGAACUGUGUUCUUACUUCUAAAGUAGUUUGUAUGCAAUUAUGGAUUCUUCAUUUUAGUUUGCAACUGAAUAAUCCUCUUAGAAAUAGGGGAAAGGGGAAGGUCCACUUUGCGUGUUGCUAAGGCACUUUGUGAGCUUCAGUUGGAAUUGCACCGGCAGUCUUCAAGUUUUGAGGUUGUUGAAGUUGGAAGAAAAACACGAUGCAGGACUAAAGUAGAAGCUAAGGGUGUGGAUUUCUUAAUUAUUGAACCCUUCUUCCAAUCCACGAGGUGAGGUUCAUUGGAAUUGUACAAGUAGUCUUCAUGUUUUGAGGUUCGUUGCAGAGAGGUGGUAUCACUAUUACCAAUUCCUUAAUGAUUGAACCCUCCAUCCAAGUCAUGAAGGAGUCUUUUCUGCUCCAUCCUCUUUGCAUUAGUUUGAUUGCAUUGAUUUAAGUAGGAUUAUCUUCUAACAGGGUUAAGUGAAAAGGAUGCUCUGUUUGUCAGACAGUGAGGAGAAGAAGGUGAAUGAGUUUCAAAAGAUUGUUGAAGCAAUUAAAGUAGAAGAAGUAGAAUGCUUGUGGAGGUUCAGUGGGAAAGUGUUCAGAUCCCCAACUUUGUUUGAGGAUAUGGUUAAAUGCAUUCUCCUUUGUAACUACCAGAAUGUCACACCUAUACCUCUUUCUCUUAUUACUGUACUGCAUAUUUCUUAAUCAGUCAUUGAAUAAUCAUCCUUGGCAUGGCUUCAUUUUGCCACUAGAAUCCAUCUGGUGGCUUAUGGCUUUCAAAAUGGACAGCAGGGGAAACAGGAUGAGUGAGCAAGGGAAUCAAUUGGGUUAGCUAGUGUUCAUAAUCAACAAGAAGGCAGAAAGGAGAAGACAAUAGAGAGAGGAAAUCCGGCAACUAAACUUGCUAGAACUUC